CUCUGUGGUGAGUCUGCAGGGAGAAAGAUCUCCACCGAGGAAUUCACCAGGAGGUGCAGAGAAACAGGCUUCCUUCUCUCACCCAGGAGGUGCUGCUGUCUGGGGCCUCCCUCACUCACCUCCCCCCAUAUCCUGUCUGAGCACUGCACCUGUUCUGACUCGUCAGCCAGGUGAAGGGGAUCCUCUGGCUGUUUUUUCAGCUGACCAUAGCUGCAGGGCAAUUAGGAACCCAGUCUAUUCAUUUGACUGGAUUGCUGCUUUGCUUCAUAUCUUUCUCUGUCUGUCUCUACAACCCACCUCCCUUCCCUCCCUGCCUCUCCCUACCCCCCUCCCACUCCAUCUCUGUCUAGCUCAGUCUGGUGGACACUGUGGCUGUGAGUAGACCGUGGAGCUGCAGAGACUUCCCUGCUGGAGUAAAAAGUGUGGAUCACAUGGACACAAUACAAUAGAAGAAAGACUGAAGUAUAAAUCUUCUGGAGGGUAAAUUGGAGUGAGCGUUGGACAGCUCAGACAGAAAAGCACAAACUCCAAACCAAAGGAUUCUGCAGUUGGAAGAGCAGGAGGUAUGAGAAGCCAGACUGUGACUGUGGCUCUGCUGGCCUUGUGCUGCUGCCUGCUGAUCCCCAGAGGAGGGGAGAGCGCUGGGGGGAUAGUUUCUCUCCGGCAGUCUGAAGAGGAGAGGCAGGCAGUGGAUCAGCUGAGAGAUGAGUCCCUGGAUGACCCAGAAAGUGAGCAGGGACUCUCAGUGGACCCACACCCACUGGGACACAGCACCCAGGUCAGAAGGGACACGGAGGCUGCACAGGCAGGUGUUUUGGGCAGGGUGAGGAGAGCACCAGAUGAAGAAGGCAAAAAGAAGAAGAAGAAGGAUAAGAACAAGAACAAGGACCCCAGAGCCACCAAAAAGCCCAAAACUGACAAGAAGGGAAAGAAAAAGGACCGCCAGACAACCACAACAGUACCCCCCACCACAACUGCAAUCCCGACUGAACCGCCCACUGAACCCGAGCCGUACACGGACUACCCUUAUCCUGAUGUUGACAAUGAGUACUGGAAACCGGAUGAUGACUACUGGGAGGCUGAGCCAACACCAUCCAGGCCUCAGCCCGACACUCCGAGCACAGAUCCCCCAUACGACUACUGGAAGCCAGAGGAGGAAGAUCCAGCUGCUGCUGUGACCAAUGCCUACGAUGACUACUGGAAACCAGAAGAGAAAGAUCCGUCCACUCCAUCGCCCGACAUCUAUGAUGACUACUGGAAACCAGAGGAGAAACAGCCGUCCACUCCAACCCCUGACAUCUAUGACGACUACUGGAAACCAGAGGAGAAAGACCCAUACGCUACUGCGACUGACAACUAUGACAGCUACUGGAAGGAGGUGGAUCCCACUCCUUCUGCCCCUGAAGUUGAUGGGAAGACUGGAACAGAUGACAGUGAUUACUGGGAUGCCACAUAUGAGGUGCCAGACAAUCUUCCAUUUCCUGAUGGCAAAGAGGUCAGCCCUGAAAUCAUAGUGGAAAAUCUACCAGAAGAGCCCACGGCCACUGCUCCCUACGAGGGGACUUGGUAUGAUGACUAUGACGAAUACGGAAUGAGGAGGAAAGAAGAUGAGAUGGAUGAAAAGUGGAUGGAGAGAGAGAGAGAAAGGGCAGCGAAACAACGGGAGAAGGAAGAACGAGAGAGAGCGCAGAAGCUGAAGGAGGCCGAAGAGCGAGCCAGGAACAGGCCACGUGUCUUCAAAGAGCCAAAGAAGUGUCCUCCCCUGGGGAUGGAGUCCCACAGGAUCGAGCCAGACCAGCUGUCAGCCUCCUCGAUGUCUCAGUACAGUUUUGCACCUCAGAGGGCUCGUCUCAACAUGCAGGGGUCUGAGGAUGAGGAGAACAUGAUAGGUGGAGCGUGGUGUGCAAAUUUAGAGGACAUGAUCAACUGGUUUGAGAUAGAUGCUCGCAGGGAGACAGAAUUCACCGGAGUCAUAACUCAGGGACGAGAUUCCCAAAAUGAGAGUGACUACGUGACGUCCUACUUCCUGGCUUUCAGCAAUGACAGCAGGGAAUGGACCACCAUCCAUGAUGGAUACGCUGACUGGCUGUUUUUUGGAAACAGUGAUAAGGACACUCCUGUGAUGAACCAGCUCGCGGAGCCUGUGCUGGCCCGCUACAUCCGGAUCAUCCCUCAGAGCUGGAACGGUUCUCUCUGUAUGAGGCUGGAGGUCCUAGGCUGUCCCCUGCCUGAUCUGGCUGAUGCUCUGUACAGGCAAAAUGAAGUGACUCCUGUGGAUUACUUGGAGUUCAAGCACCACAGCUACACAGAGAUGGUUGCACUCAUGAAGUCAGUGAACGACGAGUGUCCCAACAUCACCAGCAUCUACAGUCUGGGCCGCAGCUCCAAAGGACGGGAAAUCAUUGCCAUGGUCAUCUCUGGCAACCCCACUGAGCAUGAAAUAGGUGAGCCUGAGUUUCGCUUCACAGCAGGUCUCCACGGAAACGAGGCGCUGGGUCGAGAGCUGAUCCUGCUUCUCAUGCAGUACCUGUGCAAAGAGUACAAGGACAGAAACCCCAGAGCACAGCGCCUGGUGGAGGGAAUACGCAUCCACCUGGUGCCCUCUCUCAACCCCGACGGACAUGAGACAGCUUUUGAAGUGGGAUCAGAUCUGAGUAGUUGGAUGACUGGACACUUCACAGAGGACGGCUUUGACAUCUUCCAGAACUUCCCUGACCUCAACAGUAUCUUGUGGGAUGCUGAGGAUAAGGGCAUGGUGCCCAAACUAACCCCCAACCAUCAUGUGCCCAUACCAGACGACUCAGAUGCUGGCAGCUCAGGAAAGAUGGCUGUGGAGACCAGGGCCAUAAUCUCCUGGAUGGAAAGCCAUCCAUUUGUGUUGGGUGCAAACUUCCAGGGCGGGGAGACAAUUGUGGCCUAUCCUUAUGACAGCUUACGUCUCAAUAAGCCUGCUGAGAGCCAGAAACCCCACAGCCGCAAGAAGAGACAGUAUGAGGACGAAGGGUUUGAUGUGACGGAGUGGGGAAGGGGCUACCAUGAGGAGCCAGAGGAAGACUGGAGGAGUAGAGGUUAUGCAGAGCCAGAGGAGGAGUAUAGGGGCCAUGGAUAUGAUCACGGUUACGACCGUGGCUAUGACUUCCACAACCAGGGUUAUGACCACAGGGAAGAGGAGGAGGAUGACAGAGGAAGAAGUGCCGGCUACCAGUACGCUGAGCCUGAAGAUGAGCCCCGGGUGAUUGCAGACGAGUCCCUGUUCAGGUGGCUGGCCGUCUCCUACGCCUCCACACACCUGACCAUGACACACAGCUACCACAGAUCCUGCCAUGGAGACACAGCAGCAGGGGGGCUCGGCCUGGUCAACCGGGCCAAAUGGAAGCCAAUCACAGGCAGUAUGAAUGACUUCAGCUACCUGCACACCAACUGUUUCGAGCUGUCCGUAUUCCUGGGCUGCGACAAGUUCCCUCAUCAGAGCGAGUUGGUGCAUGAGUGGGAGAAAAACAGAGAAGCAAUGCUCACAUUCAUGGAGCAGGUCCAUCGUGGCAUCAGAGGGAUCGUGAAGGACCAGCAGGGGAACCCUAUUGCAAACGCCACGAUAUCCGUUGAGGGGAUAAACCAUGACGUCACCACAGCAUCAACAGGCGACUACUGGAGGCUGCUUAACCCAGGAGAGUACCGUGUGACGGCUCGAGCUGAGGGCUUCUCCCCUGUGACUAAACUUUGUGUGGUGGGAUAUCAGUCGGGAGCGACCGCCUGCAGCUUCAACCUGGCCAAGUCCAACUGGGACCGCAUCAAGCAGAUCAUGGCCCUCCAUGGCAACAAGCCAAUUCGACUCAGCUACAGCACCAGCAGAACACAGCAUUCCUCAGUUGGUAACAGCCACAGGAACGUGGUCAACGGCAACAACGGGUUUUCUGCAAAUUCACGUCUCACUGAAAGGCAGAGGAGGAUGAAGAUUGCUCGUAUUCGUCGCAUUCGCAAACAGAGAUUAAUGAGGUUAAGAUCGACGACAAUGUUACCACCCACAACAACGACAAUUCCCACAACACCAGAGACCACUACAUCCUGGUACGACUCGUGGCUCGUAGGGGAGGGACAGUCCUCGACGCCUGGUGGGUUCACAGACUCCAUCCUGGAUUACAACUAUGAGUACAAAAUUGAUGACUAUUAAACCAAACACACAGGGCUUGUUUCAGUUAACAACCAUCCUCUCCUAACUGUAGUUCUCAUUGCCGUGUUGUACUUUGAGCUGGUAGAAGAGUGAAACAAGGAAUCCUGUCUUUGUACGACAUAAGCAAUGGGAAGUACAGAGUAUUAACUAUAUUAAGAUAGUGUAUCUGUUACUUAACACUUGAAAUAAUGGCUCUUUACACAAAUGGAUCCAUUUAAAUAAUGGUAUUUCAUUUUGAAAGUUCACACUGCAUUUUCUGGCUCAUUCAAUGGUUUUUUUUUGAGUGUCUUUUGCUUCAUGAAAAGAUGUUUAUUGUGGAUGCACAUAAAAACAGCUGAAUUAUUUACACUGUUCUCACCCAUGCAGAACUAUUUUUACAGUAGGAAUAGUCACUUAUUGUGUGAAAAGCAGUUCACAGUUGGUAACAGACUGACACAGGUGGGGUAGAAGAGUUAUUUUUCAAAUAAAGGCUUAUUAAUAAACAA